UACUUACAUUUUCUCGUUAGCCAAACACAGAAAAACAGAGGAUGGACUCCAUUACCCAGAUUUUACUUCCCCUGCUACUCUUAUGCAGCAGCUUCGUCUCUCCUACACUUUCAGCUGAAUUAUGCAACCCUCAGGACAAGAAAACACUCCUCCAAAUCAAGCAAUCCUUCGGCAACCCGUACAUUCUUGCUUCUUGGAAAGCUGACACUGAUUGCUGCAAGGACUGGUACCAGGUUGACUGCGACUCUGUUUCUCAUCGCAUCACUUCCCUCACCAUCUUCGCUGGAGAACUCUCCGGCACAAUUCCCCCCGAAGUGGGUGACCUCCCUUUUCUCAAAAUGCUUGUGUUCCACAAGUUAACCAACUUCACCGGUCCAAUACAACCAGCCAUUGCCAAGCUAACGAAUCUAAACUUUCUUCGUCUUAGCUGGUUGAACCUCACUGGUUCAGUACCUAGCUUUCUGGGUCAGCUAAAGAAUCUCACUUUUUUGGAUCUUGCUUUCAAUAAACUUUCUGGGUCGAUCCCGAGCGAGCUUGCUAUGUUGCCUAAUCUUGAUGCUCUGCAUUUGGACCGAAACAUGCUUACUGGUUCAAUCCCAGCUUCAUUCGGUGCAUUUCAUGGCAAAGUACCAGAUCUUUAUUUGUCACAUAACCAACUUUCGGGCAAAAUACCUGCUUCUUUGAAGAAUGCUGAUUUUAAUACCAUUGAUUUGUCGCGGAACAAGCUUGAAGGAGAUGCUUCCAUGUUGUUCGGAGCAAACAAGACAACACUGAUGAUUGAUGUUUCAAGGAAUUUGUUGGAGUUUGAUUUGUCCAAGGCAGUGUUCCCAACGACCUUAACAAAUUUGGAUCUGAAUCACAACAAGAUCUAUGGCAGCCUUCCAAUGGAGUUGACUCAAUUGAAUUUGCAGCUCUUGAAUGUUAGUUACAAUAGUUUGUGUGGGCAGAUUCCUCAGGGUGGCAAGUUGCAGAGCUUUGAUAACACCUCUUACUUCCAUAACCGCUGCUUGUGCGGCGCUCCGCUCGAAAACUGCAAGUAAGGGCAAUGCUACAGAAGGUUCUCCCAUUGCUGUGCUCUUCUGCAACUUCUCUCUAAGAAUUACAUUAAGAAUAAUGCUUGAGAAAACUGUAUUACUCUAAGAAAAUAAUCAAUGAUAACCGUAUCUCGAAGCUGAUAUAUUUUGCCAAAGAAAGUAAAGCAUCAUCUCUUUACAGGUUA